UAUUGGUGUUAGAAAACAUGUUCAUGUGAACUGGGAUGAGCUUAGAUUUUCUCUUACUCCAACUGAUUAUAUCUACAAGGCUAAAACUGGAGACGACUUUCUUGAAGGAACUAUCACUCCCCUUGAGAAUAUUGAACUCAACCCAUGUCUAAAGGCAUACAGGAAAGAAGAUGGUAGUACUCUUUUGUUUAGGCCAGAACAGAAUGCUCAACGGAUGCAAAUAGGUGCAGAGAGGAUGUGCAUGAAAGCACCCUCAGUUGAGCUAUUUGUUGAUGCAGUGAAACAAACAGUCAUUGCCAACAAGCGUUGGGUACCUCCUCCAGGCAAAGGAUCAAUUUAUGUUAGGCCAAUACUGGUGGGAAGUGGCCCUAUUUUGAGAGUAGGGGCUUCGCCGGAUUAUAUAUUCCUUGUUUUUGCCACUCCGGUUGUUGAAGAUAAGUUUCAUAGAGCUGCUCUUGGGGGAACUGGAGGUGUCAAAGUAAUCGGCAACUAUUCUCCAACUGUCAAAGUCCUAGCUCAAGCAAAGGCUAAGGGGUUCUUGGAUGUGGUAUUCCUUGAUUCUGUCACUGGAAAAUAUAUUGAGGAGGCUUCUUCAUGUAGUAGCUUUAUAGUCAAGGGAAAUGUUAUAACGACUCCCGGAACAAAUGGAAACAUUCUCCCAGGUUUCACAAGGAAAAGCAUUAUUGAACUUGCAAAGACUUUUCACUACCAUGGUGAGGAACGCGAUAUUCCAAUGGCGGAUUUGUCUGAUGCUGAUGAAGUAUUGUAACACUGGAAACUGCAGUUGUUAUGACUUCUGUUGCAAGUAUAAUGAAAAUUGCUGAAUGUA